AUGGGGCAGCAGUUCAGCUGGGAGGAGGCGGAGGCGGCCGGCGAGAUGGACGUGGCCGAGCUCCAGGAGUGGUACAAGAAGUUCGUGGUGGAGUGCCCCAGCGGCUCUCUCUUCAUGCACGAGUUUAAGCGCUUCUUCAAGGUCACAGGCAAUGAGGAGGCCACCCAGUACGUCGAGGGCAUGUUCCGAGCCUUCGACAAGAACGGGGACAACACCAUUGACUUCCUGGAGUAUGUGGCCGCCCUGAACCUCGUGCUGAGGGGCACCCUGGAGCACAAGCUGAAGUGGACCUUCAAGAUCUACGACAAGGACCACAACGGCUGCAUCGACCGCCUGGAGCUGCUCGACAUCGUGGAGGCGAUCUACAGGCUGAAGAAGGCCUGCAGGGUGGAGAUGGAGGCCGAGCAGCACGGACAGCUGCUCACACCCGAGGAGGUGGUGGACAGGAUCUUCCUUCUGGUGGAUGAGAAUGGAGAUGGCCAGUUGUCUCUGAACGAGUUCAUCGAAGGUGCCCGUCGUGACAAGUGGGUGAUGAAGAUGCUGCAGAUGGAUAUGAGCCCCGGGGGCUGGAUCUCUCAGCAGAGGCGGAAAAGCGCCAUGUUCUGA